AUGAGAAACGCCAGGUGGAUCAGCUACAUUCAACAGCGCCGCAGACGCGGAUCAACGGCGAGUUCAGUUGAAAAUGACACAUCUUCUUUGCCAUGUAUCACCUAUAUUAACCACCUCAUUAGCAAACAUCUCAAUAACGAAUGCUACAGAGAUGAGAGGCUUCGACCAGUGAAAUAUUUGAAUGUACCACGACGAUCUGCAUUCAUUAACUCGCAGCUAUUGGUGCUCGUUGUAGUCAAAUGGGACGACUUCAGUAGCCGUGCGCAAUGGCGACACACCUACGCUAGCAGAGAAAAUCGAAUCAGGUAUGGUUAUGACGUCAUUUUCACUGUCGGCGCAGACAAGGACGUGGAUGUGCAGAGCAAAAUCGACGCUGAGAAUGAACUAGAAGGCGACAUUCUCCAAGCAGAUUUUGUUGACUCAUACAGAAAUCUCACUUUGAAGAUGCUUUCGGCUUUUCGUUACAUCGCAGUAGCGUUGGACACUGCCAGCAUUAUCAUGAAGAUUGAUGCCGAUGUUGGCUGGAGAAUUAAAAAUCUAACAGAAUAUCAACUGGCCAUCCUUUCUCCAUGCUUAUUGUUUCACAAAGUCACUAAAAAUUUCCUGAUGGGUUCCCUGUACGACGCUCUCACUACAAAUGGUAUGUGCCGCACGAAGAAUACUCACACCACACCUUCCCACCAUUUUGCCUUGAAUGUACAUCAGCAGAGAUUUUUGUGGCUAGAAGACGUCUUUAUCACCGGUAUCCUGGCUAACAAUAAUGAAGUAACAAUAAUCAACAUUGGUCAUGAUAAAUACUUCAGAGCCACAACAAGCAUGGAGAAUUUCGACAUAGCUUGGUUAUUUCAUAUUACACGACGUAAUUUGUCCGUCGUGGAGUUGUAUAGAGUGCUCAAUAACAUCUUUUGA